AUUCCGAUAAUAUCCGUCCGUUGCUCUUCGAAAUCUUCGAAUUUCGUUCUCUCACGUUUCUGUUGCGUUUCUGUGAUUUGUUUCUUAUUAUUUAUUGUUCAAAUUAAUUUACAAUGUCCGAAAAAACACACAAUUCACGACUCGCUGCCUAUAAAAAUGCUGGAGUUGGAACAAAUGAUCUCCGCCGCAAACGAGCCGAGCUGAGCGUGAACCUCCGCAGGCAAGCCCGUGAUGAGCAGCUGCUCAAGAGGCGGGCGAUGUCUCCGGAGGCCGGAGAUGUGGUGCACGAUGAGAAGGUGCGCACUCCGGCUGAGAUUGUUCAGGGCCUCAGAUCCGAAGACCUGGCGAUCAAGACAUCAUCAGCGCGCGCAGCCCGUCGUAUGUUGUCCCGGGAGCAGAACCCACCUAUCUCCACCAUGGUGGAGGCUGGAGUCAUCAAGCCACUUGUAGAAGCCCUGGACAGAGAUGACUGUGCAGAUCUUCAGUUUGAGGCGGCCUGGGCUCUAACCAACAUAGCUUCUGGGACCCACAACCAUACCAUGGCCGUUGUUGAUGGGGGAGCUAUUCCAAAGCUGGUAUAUCUUCUCGCUCGCGGCGGAGUAGUGGGCGAACAAAGCGCCUGGGCCCUCGGCAACAUCGCCGGCGACGGCGCCUCCACGCGCGACCUGGUGCUGGAGGGCGGAGCCCUACCGGCGCUGCUGCCGCUGCUGGCGCUCACCACGCCCGCCUCGCAGCUGCGCACCGCCGUCUGGACAUAUAGCAACCUGUGCAGAAACAAGAAUCCGCUGGUAAAAUUCGAGAUGGUCGCCCCGGCACUGUUUUACAUCUCUGAACUGCUCACCGUUCAGGAUCAAGACGUUUUAGCGGACGCUUGCUGGGCGCUGUCAUACCUCACUGACGGUCCCAACGAGCGCAUAGAAGGUGUCCAGACCACGAAGGAUUUGUUGCCGCGAGUGAUAUCGCUAUUGGAGCAUAAGGCCGCCGCGGUCAAGACGCCGGCGCUGCGGGCUGUGGGGAACAUGCUUACUGGCUCCGAUGUGCAGACGGACCGCUGCAUCGAGGCCGGGUGCCUGCCGCCGCUCAACCAGCUGCUGCGCUGCGGCAAGCCGGCGCUCAUGAAGGAGGCCGCGUGGGCCAUCAGCAACGUGCUGGCCGGCACCACCCACCAGAUCCAGGCCGCCCUCGACGGCGGGGCCGCCGGCCAUUUGCUGCACGUGCUCACCUAUGAGGACAUCAAAUGUCAGAAGGAAGCGGCGUGGGCGAUAACCAACGUGUGCCUGGGCGGCACCCCGGAGCAGCUGGACACGCUGCUGUCCGCCGGCUUCCUGGAGCCCUACUGCGCGCUGCUGGCCGCGCCCGACCAGCGCGCGCUCACCGUCGUGCUGGACGGCCUGGCGCAUCUGCUGCAGGCUGCAGUGAAGUAUGGCCAAGUGGAGCCGCUGUGUCUCAAGUUGGAGGAGAUCGGUGCCCUGGACCAGAUGGAGGCCUUGCAACAACAUGAGAACGAGGAGGUGUACAAGAAGACAGUGGCGAUUUUAGACACGUACUUCGCCGAUCAAGAGGACCAGACAGGCCAACCAGCGAAGACAGAGCAGGAGUACCAGUUUGGCACCAACCCACAGGAUAAUCAAAUCAACUUUUAAAACGCCUGCAACUGUAUGACAACUUAGCUUAUUCCAAGAACAGCAAACAAUGUUAACAUAAUCGUCGGCUCAUAGGGUGGUAUAUAAAACUAAUUUUUUUUUUUGGUUUGGUUUUCCCCGAAGGGUAAGGCAAAGGGAACUAUGCCCAUACAGCCAUGUCUGACGUAUUUUUUUUCUUGAUGAUUAAUGAAAUGAUGAAAGGUGAUGAUGAUGAAACCUAAGCCCCCACCCUCGGAGUAGACUCCUACUCCGAACCCCAAACGAAUUAACUCAAAAGUCCGCAUAAACUUUUGAGUUAUGAAGCGGCUUCCCGGCACGAAGCGAAAAUAGGCAGAUACACUUUGUUUAUUGAAUACUCCAAUAUAAUAACACUCGCGAAUGUCUUCCGACUAACUUAAUGCGAUCAUUAACCACAAAAUACUUUUCUAAUACGAAGUGCGUAUUAAUUAUUUAGAUUACUCAAUGAAGAAAGCAACUGUCCCGUUCCCGUUUCCCGCCGAAAAGCCUAUAUAAAACUAAUCUCAGCUUCGAAACUGCCCUCAAGAUAAUGUCAAUGUGACAGUUCUCAUAUAAAAACAGAGACUUGAGCAUGAUCUUGAGGGCAGUCUCAGCUGAGAUUCGUUUAUUAAUACCAUCCAUGGUGCCAACCAAGUAAGCACCUUUUUGAAAUUCACCUUCAAAUGUAACUCGCAAUAGACAAACUGGCUUCAAUCCAGAUUAAAAAUGUAGCGACUUUUUGGCGGGAACGGGACGGUUGCUCUCUUCAUUGAAUAAUCUAAAUAAUUAAUACAAAGUGGUGUUUUGUGGUUAAUGAUCGCAUUAGGUUAGUCUGAAAACAUUCGCGAUAGUGUUAUUAUAUCGGAAUAUUCAAUAAACAAAGUGUACCUAUCUAUUUUCGCUUCGUGCCAAUAAGCCGCUUUAUAACUCGAAAGUUUGCGGAUUUUUGAGUUAAUUCGUUUGGGGUUAGUAGGAGUGUGCUCCGAGGGUGGGGGCUUAGGUUUCAUCAUUCAUCGUCAUCACCUUUCAUCAUUUCAUUAAUCAUCAUCAUGAAAAAAAAAUAAGAUAUGGCUGUGUUGGCAUAGUUCCCUUUGCCUUGCCCUUCGGGGAAAACCAAAACAAAAAAAAUAUCUCUUAGUAAUUAUCCAAAUGGAAAUUAAUUGUAAAAAAUCGAGGUUUUGUUGAAGAAAUCACAUCGUCAAAAGGCGGUUACAUGUUAAGUUACACACUGAUACUGAUUCCUGUAUACACCAUCUAAUUUUAUUUUAAGUUAUACCUGUCAUUUUCUUAUCCGCCGAAAAGGAAAGGGACGGGUAAUUGACAGGCAUAAAAUUUAUGGAACACACGUCAAUUUCAGGCAGGAAUUUUGAAAACUCCCAAAUUUUUAUAUUGGCCAAUAACCUGACAGAAUUUGAAAACUUGAUAUCCCUAUUGUACUCAUUCUAUUACUCUUUUGUUUUGUUAGCCGACUUCAAAAAAGAAGGUGGAUCCAAGUUCGAUGGGGUCUCUUUUUUAAUUAUUCAAAAGUGCUUACAAGGUGUCAAAACGUUCCACUAUGAAGCGAUGAAACGUAGAUUUUAUAACUAAGACUGAAUUUAUAAAACAUUGGCCCCGAUUCCUGCAGACACCUCCUAAUUUUAUUUUAAGUUAUACCCGUCAUUUUCUUAUUCGCCGAAAAGGAAAGGGACGGAUGUUUGUUUACAAGUUAAUUGAAUGAAUAACCCGGGUGAAUAAAAUAGGCGUACUGUCUACUUUGUUGUUUUAGAUUUAUCCUUAAAAUUGACGUGUGUUCCAUAAAUUUUAUGCCUGUCGAUUACCCGUCCCUUUCUUUUUCAACGGAUAAGAAAAUUACAAGUAUAACUUAAAAUAAAAUUAGAUGGCGUCUGUAGGAAUUAGCACCAUUGUCUCAUUUAAUCAACACUUUUACUACAUAUACAAAUAAAUAAUAUUUGACCUCUCAUGUGAGGCUAAAUAACCUACCUUAUUAACCCUCAUAAUAUAAUUAAUUAAUGUUACAAGGCUAAGUUUAAGGGUUUUGGGACCCUAGCUUGGCGACAACAGAUGGCGUAAGUGUAGCCAUGCAUUCGGUGAUCGAAAUUAUUAUCUUUGUCAUAGAUAAACUAAGCUAAAUGAGCUCUACACCUUUUUGCCACUACUUGAAGGUCUCGAGAACCUACAAACAAUAAAAAAUAUUAUAAAUGCUUCCUAUUUUCUUCAGGUUUACUCUGGGUCUGAAGUUAUUGUCAACUACCUACAUAAAUGUUAGUUUUGUUACUUAUUAGGAACUACAUAAAAAAGUUUUGUAAAGGUUUAUUUGUAACAACAAAAGUACGUAACUUCAGACCCAGAGUAAACCUGAAAAUAGGAAGGAUUUAUAAUAUUUUUUAUUGUUUGUAGGUUCUCUAGACCUUCAAGUAGUGGCAGAAAGGUGUAGAGCUCAUUAAGUUUAGUUUAUCUAUGAAAAAUAGUAAUUUCGAUCGGCGCUACACUUAAGCUAUCUAUUGUCGCUGAGCGAGGGUCCCAACACCCUUAAACAAUAUCCAAUUGAAAUACCAAGCUGGUCUUGAGAUACGUAAUCAAAUCACCAGGGACCAAUAUCAUAUCAUGUACAAUCAAUUGUGAUACUAUUAGGAUGUAAGAUUUUAAUAAACAUUUUAGCUUUUUA